AUGGAUCUGCUGAUAACCGAAGGUGAAGAUCUAGGUGGUGUAUUCAACGCGAUGGAUGGCACUUUACAAUGUCGUUUUAGACGACGCGUAAGACCAUUGGAUACAGUUCAUCAACUUAUGGAUUUAACAUCACCUAACGCCUAUCAUUUAAUUGUUACACGUGGUGAUGAACGCAAAAAAGACGGAUUCGGUCGUCCUUUUGCCGGUGGAGAAUCUAUUUCACAACGUCCAGUUGUGAUCACAUCACCUAUUUACGGAAGCAUGACUGGUGUAGCUGGCCGUGGAUCGUCAAUAGCUAAAACUCAUGGCUGUCUUAUGGUAUUAGCCUGGGUACUGUGUGCCAGUAUUGGUGUUAUACUAGCACGUUAUUAUAAAGAUGUUUGGCCUAAUUCUGGCCUAUUGGGUGAACGUGUCUGGUUCCAGUCGCAUCGAAUAUUACAAGGCAUAUGUGUUGGCUUGACGUGUAUCAGUAUAAUAUUGAUUUUUAUCUAUUGCGAAGGUUAUUCCCAAGCAACUGCAUAUCCCUACUACAUUCAUCCAAUUCUUGGUUUGAUUGUUUUCUCAUUGGCGUUGAUCAAUCCAUUUAUCGCUUUAUGCCGAUGCAAUCCAGCGCAUGAAUACAGACCAUGGUUCAAUUGGAUACACUUUUUCGUCGGCACCUUUGCCUAUGUCUUGUCUGUACCAACAAUGAUGCUGGGCUUACGUAUGCCUGCUGCUGGCCUCCAACUGCAAUUUAUUAAUUACCCUUUAUGGAUUUUAAUAUUCUUUGUUAUAUUCCAAUUUAUUAUUGAAAUUGUCCUGGAGAUACACGGAUGUUUCUAUUAUCGUCGAAAUAAGAAUAAACGUCGUACAUAUAUGGUUGAAAUUGACCAGUAUCAAGCUGCUAAACGUCUGAACAAUGCACGUCAACCACGUCCUCCGGAACCAGAACCUUCUGGUCGUAUGUUCAAAUACUUCAUAAUCGGUCUUCAUGCUACAGUCUGUGCAAUUGUUGCUGUCAUCUUGAUCAUAAUCAUAGCAGUUAACUAAAGGAAUUAAUUUAUGCUUCACGUUUUAGACUACUUAAUUAUUUUAUCAGUAGCCUAUGGAAAUCCUUCGAAAAAAUACACAUAUAUAUUAAUGCGUACAUGAUGUGUUCAAACAAACUAAUGUAAAUGUGCCUUAAACAUCUGGUU